AUGUACUUCACUCUUCCACUCCUUCUGGCUGCUGGCAGCCUCCCCCUCAUUUCUGGGGCUCCAGUCGCAUACUCUCACUCUCGCGCCUCUGCAGGUGUAGUUCAAGUCGACCAAGCCACGUCCUCUCACUCCCUCAGUGGACGUAGCAGCAACCUCUACGCCGCCGUCUUCGGUGGCUCCGGCCUCGUCUCCGACGGAUGGCCCGCCAUUUCCAACUGGGUCUCCAGCUUUGACGAUAUGUUUGACGCCAACAAGGAGAUCAUGGGAUCUUCUUGCUCCCAGUGGGGUGUUCCCGAUACCACCGAGGCCGAGAUGGCCACCAUGAAGACCGCUAUCAACAAAAUCGCCGGCGAGUCCGGCGUCGACGCCCGCUUCAUCUUGGCUAUCAUCAUGCAGGAGAGCAACGGCUGUGUCCGUGUCCACACCACCAACAACGGCGUCGUCAACCCGGGUCUCAUGCAGUCUCAUAACGGCAAGGGCAGCUGCAACACUGGUAUCAGCUCCCCCGAGAACGUCCAGAACCCCUGCCCCGAGUCCGAGAUCGAGCAGAUGAUCCGUGAUGGUACCAUGGGUACCACCGAGGGUGACGGUCUGCAGCAGCUCAUCGAGGCGAACGGCGGCACUGGCGAUGUCACUGCUUACUACAAGGCUGCCCGCUGCUACAACUCUGGCUCUAUCGCGUCCGGUGGUAACCUCGGCGCUGGUAUCGCUACUCACUGCUACGCUUCUGAUAUCGCCAACCGUCUGCUCGGCUGGGCCUCUGGUACUAGCAGCUGCAACGACGGCACUAUCAGUACUCUCACUGGCUCGAACUGGAGUGGUAGCUCCUCUUCUGGCAGCUCUAGCAGCUCCAGCAGCCCUACCACCACGUCCUCCGCCAACCCCACUGGCGUGACCACCAUUCUGCCUGAGCCCGCGGCGCCCACCACCACUGCCACCUCUACCACUUCCAGCACCGUCGUCCCUACCACCACCCCUGUCGCAGCUAUCCAGACCCCGGCUGCCACCGCCGCUACCCCUACUUCCGGCGCCGAGCUGUACCCCUACACCAUCUCCCCUUGCCAGGAGUACUACACCAUCGUCGAGGGUGACUACUGCCGCAAGGUGGAAGUGCAAUUCGGUAUCACCGCUGCUCAAUUGCAAGCCUGGAACACCGGUCUGGACGAUAGCUGCACGAAUCUCUGGAAGGGAUACCAAUAUUGUGUGAAGGCUUGA